CGACAAGCGAAGGGGACUGACUGGCAAAGCUUGGCCUACGUACAAACAGUCGACCAAUCGCUGGAGAUAUCUGGACCCGCUCUGCUGGUAUUAUCCGGCUACCGUCCGCAACCGACCGAUUCCACCCUCCUUUUCUGCUCUCGCUCUCUCGACUCUCCUCUCGCGCUCUUUAUCCUCUCGUGUGAACUCGCGACAGUUCAAAUACACGCGACCCUCGAACAUCCUUUCUCUCAGCCGCCAGCUCUCUCGCCCCCUUGCCUCCCUCCUCCAUCUACUAUCGCCAGCCAUGAUCCAAAUGACAAACUCCCGCCGUGGCAGCUCUGCCGUCGCCCCGCGCAGACAGUCCACUUCGUCUUCCGCAGGACAGUCUUGGGGCACCUGGUACAACCAUCGGUUCUAUACUCUCGAGAUAGUUCAGCAGCCCAUCAGGGCCCGUAUGUGUGGAUUUGGUGAUAAAGAUCGGCGACCGCUUGCGCCAGCCGUAGUAGCCAAGAUGGUCGUCAGAAACGAAGACGACUCUCUAGUCGAAGAAGAGUUCGUCUCUCCACCCUCCUCUUGGCUCCUGCCGCCACUCGUAUCACAUCAUCCUGACCCCACCACCAGCGACAUAGACACCUCCUUCUUCAUAGCCACCGCAGACCUCUGGGACUCAGACGGCCACCGCGAAAUGAACCUCGUCCUCCACCCGACCUCAUCCGACCGCUACGUCGCCACCCAACCGCCAAAACGACGUCGGGGGACAAACUCAAGCUCGGGCCCGUCCUUCCACUCCCCCGGCGAACCCCCCAACACCGGCCCUCCCCCGCUCCUCUCUUCGCCCGACAAUCCCCCAUACGACCCCCCACACAGCGGCUUCACGCCCCUCGCCCCCGCCCCUCCCAGUCCAGGCUUCAACACCCCACUCUUCACAUUCCCACAACCGCGCCACCCACCCUCCAUCCUCCCCUCGCACCACUCCCACUCCCACUCCCACUCCCAAUCACAAACCCUGUCCUUCCAGCCCAUCCAGCCAUACAACCCCAUCCCGUCCCCGCCAAGCUGGGGCUACCAACCUCCCUACUCUCCCGUGCCAUCCAUCUCCCGCACCGCCAUGGCCGCCAAUUCGCUUGGAUCCCACGCGUGGCAGCACUCUGAGACGUCGAGUCCUGUCGAGCCGGGGAAUUCGUAUCGGUCUUGGGGCGCACCACCACCGCCUCUACAACCUCUCCAACCUAGUACACACAAUCAUAAUCAUAAUCCGAAUCCGAAUCCGAAUCCGGCACCGAUGUACGGACAAAUCACGCUCGAGCCCGCUCCGGUGCCCGUUUCGUUGACGGGUAAUCCAGCUGCUGUCGCGGCUGCUGCUGCAGUUGUGGCGAUGGAACCGACGUAUAGGAGAGCGCCGUCACCGCUGCGAUAUGUCGAUUUACCGGCGCAUGAGGAGACGUCUUCGUCUUCUGGGCAUGGAGGGAGGGGUGGUGGGGUGGCGGAAGUGUAUGGGCAGGGAGGUGGACGGGGACGUGGGAGUCCGAAUACGGGUGGCGCGACUUCGCAGGCUGACUCACCUGAGGACCAACAACAUUCCCAGUCCCAACAGGGAACGCAGCAGCAUUCGAUGUAUGCAUCGGCGUCUUAUGGCCAAUGGGCACCCCGACAACAUUCUUCUUCCAUCAGCGGCCCUUCUUCUUCCUCCGGCAUCGGUCCUUCUUCCGGUUCGGCACCAGGUAUGGGAGGAGGAGGAGGAGGAGGUGGGCCAAACGACUCGAGUUCGACGAUCCCGCCCCUGCCGCGGCAUACUUACACCCGGACGUUGGUGGGUUUGUUGACUGCGAAUGCGUCGAGGUUGCAGGAUGAGCAUCGGAAGCCGGGGGUGUUCUUUUUGUUUCAGGAUUUGAGCAUAAGGACGGAAGGUCCUUUCCGGCUUCGUCUUCGCUUGAUGAAUAUCGGAGCUGGCCUGCCAGGCUCAGAGAACGCCGCGCAGGACGGCGCGUUGCAUGUGCAUACGGACGUGUCGCCCGUGCUCGCGCAGGUGUUCACGGAUAAGUUUGAUGUGUAUAGUGCGAAGAGGUUCCCUGGUGUGCCCGAUACGACGGCUCUGUCUAUAUCCUUUGGCAAUCAGGGCCAAAAACUCCCACUGAGGAACCGUCACGGGUCGAGUAAACGCCGUCGUGGACGUGGGAACGACGGGUCGGACGACGAUUCGUCGGAUGGUUGAUGCUCGACUGACCGAUUGACCGAUCGACGUGGACUAUUUUAUUCUUUUUCUUGUCUGCCCUUUUCUCUUCAUCUCCUCUCAUGCGUGCCUUUCUCUCGUGCCGUGCUAUUUUUUCGUCUCUGUCUCUGUCUCUCACUCUUACCAUGCCCAUUGUCCUAUCCUGUCCUCUGUCCCCUCCUGUCCCUGUCCUCCUGUCAUACUCUGUCGUCUUAGUGUCUACUGUGCGGUCAAGUCUCCCUUUUUUUGUGCUCUGCCAGUGCCUAUGUCCUCUCCUUUUUUUUCCAGUUCUGCUGUCUUCCGUGUGUCUCGCCUCAGACUCGAUCUGACUGAUCUAUCUCGUUUCGUUUUCACUCCUACGUACUUCCCAUUUUCGUUACUGACCUACCUACUCAACAUCUACCUUUAACCGCCAACCCACCGACCUACCCACUCAUCAUCCCUCAGCCAAUCUCCACCUAUUUACCUACCUAC